AUGUUGUCUUCAGAGAGAUACAGCACAAGAGUCAUUGAACCCGUUAAUCUUCUAGUUCACGCUGCCACCAUGACGGUUGAAUCAGAACUAAUGUCCGUUUUUGGAAUCGGUGACGAGGAAAAAGACAAAGUUACCAAAUGUCAGACCAUCAUGACUUUGUACGAUCUCUCGGUAGAGGACCUCUCCAUCAAAUGGGAGUCUUAUGUCAUGACUCAGGCCAACGACCCAGAAAUGAAAGUGAGCAUCGAGAGUCUUGAUAAGCUUCAAGAGUAUAUUCAACAGAGCAUAAGGAAGAAGAAUCAGCAAAACCUUACAGCGUCUGCUAUGAAGGCCAAAGUGAGACCUGGUAUCAGGACCAACUUCAACAUGUCCAAUCUGCCCUCCAUGGGUCCUCCCUCUACUCCAAGCUCGAGCGCUAAAAAGCGUCGCCUGGAGACUCCGCUAUCGAAAUCGCAUGGUAUGGUCACUUCAUCGCCAGUGUCGGGUGGGUUGGCUCCCAGUUCAGACCCUGUUCCUGCCACCCCGGAGACCCCUCUGCAAUCUAGACAGGCCGACUCUGGAACUAUCAUAGAGUCUUUGAAUCCCGAAAUAAUAGACUCUGCUGCUGAAGGACUGGUCGAAGUUUCUAAGCCAAUCAAGAUCACUGCUCAUUUCGAGGAUUCCAAGUACAAUUUCAGACCAAUGGGUCAGAAGCUCCUAGAGGCAGCAGACAUUUUGGACGAGCAGAUCGAGACGUUCACCAAAGUGGUGCAGGAACACUACCAGCUGCCAGAUGAUGCUUUUGCAAAUCCAAUGGCCCCUUCACAGAAGCAGGUUGUUGUUGUUGGUAGGGUUGUUCCUGAUUCGUCUGUCAACCAGCAUAAUAUCAGACUGGAUGCGACCUCGGUUUUCCUGGAGGCUUCCCGUGUCGCUGGCUAUGGAGAACGAGCACAACUAAAGCUUGAUAACAUUCAGAACUACUCGUUCUUUCCCGGUCAGAUUGUGGCUCUCCGUGGUCAAAAUCCAGACGGCUCGGGGUUCAUUGUGGAUGAGAUCCUGCAACUGCCCUAUCUGGGGUCUUUUGUUAGUUCAGAGUCCGAUAUCGAAAAGUAUCGGGAGAACCUCAAUGGUUCAGCCCUCAAGGUGGUUACAUGUGUUGGACCAUACACCAGAAGUGACAACUUUGAUCUUUCUGCGCUGUCUGCCUUUGUGGACAGAAUGAACAAUGAAGUCCACCCCCAUGCCAUCGUUAUGUUGGGGCCUUUCAUUGAUGUCACUCACCCAAAGAUCGCUGACGGAUCCAUCUCGUUGCCCAAUGGAGAUCCCCAAACUCUGGAUGACAUUUUCACACUCGCAAUGACUCCGGUGCUGCGCAACCUUGACCAGAACACCCGGGUCAUAUUGGUGCCUUCAACCAAAGAUGCUACGGCUAAACACCCAACUUAUCCACAGAGCGGAUUCGACAGAAAGUCGCUUGGGCUUCCACGCAACUUUACGUGUUUCCCCAAUCCUGCGUCGUUUCAGCUGAACGAUGCACUCUUUGGAGUCUCCAACAACGAUGUGGUGAAAGACAUGGCAGAGGUUGCAGGGCCACUGGUGGAGAGAAAGAAUAGGUUUGACCGUGUUGCAGUCCAUGUGAUGGAGCAGCGCAGGUACUACCCUGUUUUCCCCGGUGGAGUGAAGACGAGGAAGAUUCCAGGAACAGAAACUAUCGAGCACAUUAGCGGUGCCGACCUAGAUGUACCAUAUUUGGGUUUAACCGAACUGCCAGAAGUGAUUCCCGAUGUGCUGAUCAUGCCUUCUGAGAUGAGAUAUUUUGCCAGAGUUGUGAGAAAUGUGAUUACGAUAAACCCGGGUGUGUUCAUGAGACCAACCGGGAAUGGUACGUAUGCCGUGACCCACAUAAAGAGUCCCGACCCGGAGGAUCUGGAGGUUGCAGAAACUGAUGGUGAUGAAAAGUGUUAUCUUCACAAUGUGUGGAAGAGGGCUAGGGUCGACAUAGUGAAGACAUAG